AUGAGGAUUACGGAAAGAGAUGCUGAAGACAGGAGAGUGAAGCAAAUUGCUACAGAGAAAAAGGUAACUGCACUCAAACACAAGGGGAAUAAAGCCUUUGAAAGUGCUGUGAAGUAUAACACUGAUGGUCUGACUGAGCUACAGGACAUGUAGCAGCUGUACACCAACCGAGCACAGGCCUACAUCAAGCUGGGAAAGUACACGGAGGCCAUCAGUGACAGUGAAUGGGCUCUGAAGUGUAAUGAGAGGUGCAUUAAGGCUUAUGUGCACAUGGGCAGAGCAUAUCUGGAACUGCAGAAUUAUAAUGAGUCAAGAAACUGCUUUGAUAAGAUAGUGGAAAUUGAACCUGAAAUGGAGAAGAUGUCUGCCUUUUUUCUUCUUCUUUCUUUUGAUCUCCUUUGUUUUCUCCAUGAAUACCUGACCCAGGUAGAUUUGGAAAAGAAGAGAGCGACUCAGAAAAUGAAUGCAAAGUUUGACAAGGGUGAGGGGAAGGGGACAACCGUACCCCAGCUGCUGGAGAAUCUGUCAAGGCAAGACCAGCUCCCCCUCUUCUGCUGCAGAGGAUUGGAGAUUCUAUUGCGAACAGUUACUGACUGUACCGGCCAGACCCUUUUCAGACCGAACAAUAGCUUUAGUAUCAUCAGCAGCAAUGACUUAGUGAGGAGUUGCCUGUUGCAGAAAACAAUGGAUGCAGACAUUCAAGACUCCUGUGUGUCUGUUCUGAAAUUGUGGAGGGCUCUUUGUUGUGGUAAUGAUGAAAACCAGAAGAUGUUGAUGAUGUGCCCAGUCACUAACCAGGCCACUGUUCGCUUGUUAACAUUAGAGCAUGUUGCAGUACAGAAAGAAUGUCUGGCAUUUUUGUACUCACACAUGCCACAUGGCAGAAGUUUGGCUAUCGACAGCCUGAAAAUGCACAUGUUAGUGAGGAACCUCAUGGUGUGCACCUUAAAGCCGAAGCAGCAGCAACAUUCUGGAGAACUUUGCAGAAGAAAACAAAGGCAGAGCAGUGCAUAUAAAUACAAACAGAUCCUUUACCGCAUGCUUGGAUUGAUCAUCAACCUCUCAACUACAACUACUCUGGUCAUAAAGGUUACACACGACGACUGCCGUAUUAUGAGGUCAAUACAAAUGUAUUCUAACUCCCUGCGGAGCACUGGCCUCCCUCAGUCCUCUGAGGCUGUGCAGCUUGUUAUCCAGAGGGGUGUUGUUGGGACCAUGUUUCAGCUGCGUAAGGGGCAGGCUGCCACCAAAUAUGCCAUUAAGACUCUGACAGUGUGCACUGCUGGCAGUCAUUUGGCACGAGAGGAGCUGGUGAAGUCUGAUAAAAAACUGUCCAUCCUACGUCAUCUACUGGGUUCCAGCUGUGAUGAGUUGGUGUUAGGAAAUGCAGCCCUCUGUUUGGCCAACUGCCUUGAGUUGGAGGGAACUGCCAGCAAUCUGCUGGGCACUGAUAUUGUGCUGCUGCUGCUGCUACCCCAUGCUGCAGGGGAUGCAAAGAAGACGGUUGUGCAGCUAAAUGCAGCAAUACACAUUGACUUUGUUUUGUCUUCAUUUCCAAGACAUAAGGACAAAGUUCGAGAACUACACAGCUUUGAGGUCCUGCAUUCAAACCUCGUGACGCUCAACCUCCUGCGGCCCCUUCUGAUCGAUGCUGAUCUGCAGGAUAAAGCAGGUUUAUGUGUGGGAUUAGAGACUGUGUUGUGA